AGCUACCGAACGAAAAAUAUCGAGUUUCUAAGAAUGAGUGGAAUGCAAACCACUUAUGUGGGUGCGAAUCCCAUUCCCCCAAGGGAGACCAUCGUCAUCGCAACUGCACCACCGCCAGAGCCUAGAAAACCUAUUGCUACCUCUUAUAACAAUGGAUACUUUUCCCGACUCAAUAGACAAAAUCUUGUCUCUUAUGCAGUUUUCUUCCUACUCAUCUAUGGCGGCAUGGAUAUGGCUGCCAGCUUGGGCUGGAAUGAGACCUACAGCGUCCUCCUGUUCACGGAGUACUCGUACUGUUGGUUCAUAGGUGUCAUCAUUGGAGCCCUGGCCGCUUCGCUCACCAUGGCUUUCCUGCCCAAACAGGUCUACUAUGUCCUUGGAGCUCUCAUGCAGCUAACUGGAUCCAUCAUAUUCACGGCUGCGCCUGAGGACUACGCAGCCUGUGUGGCUGCCCGCUACUUGGCCGGCUUGGGGAUUGGCCUCCUCACAGUGCCCUUCAUCAUCCACAACGCAGAGGUGGCACCUAUCAACCAUAGAGGGGUCAACGGCGGUACCGAGCAGUGCGGCCUGGCCUUGGGAAUCGUUUUCCAAGUGAUCUUCACCACGGAAUGGGCUUCUAUAGUAGGAUCCACACCUAACCUGGUACAUGGAAUCAUUGGGAUUAUAUUCUCCCUGUUUGGCCUUGCGAUGACUGCCCUAGCUAUAGAAUCACCAAUUUUCUACUUGCGUCGAAACCAGGAGAAUCUGGCGCGUCAGUGCCAGGAGAAGCUUCUGGUUCAUGCUCCUGGCGGAGUCAAUGCAGCCUUGGAUGAGGCCAGGAUCUAUGUGGCGGAGAGCGAUAGCCGGAGCAUGGGGGAGGAUCUAAUGGCCUCCAUAACUCCCUUCCUGAAGAUGCUUUUCUUCCGCUGCUUUGUCGCAUUCUCCUUCUCCCUGCCGUUAUCCAUUUCGAUCAUCUCGAGCACCGCUGUGGCGGAGGAAGACCUCAGCGUUUGGCCAAUGUACGUGUUUGGCGUCCUCCGGCUCAUCGGAACCAUGGUGGGCCUUUGUUUCCUAGACACAGUGGGUCGCAAGGCGGUGUCACUGGUGGGCCUGCUCGUAAUGGCUGGACUGAUCCUCGGUCUGGCGGGGAUUUAUGCCGAUGUGAGCAAUAUAGGCAGUGUUUACUACAUGACACAGGCCUGCAAUAUUGGAAUGGCAUUCCAAGCCUUCGCUGGACUCUUCGUCUGCAGCUCAUCAGCAUAUUUGGGCGAAGCCUUUCCUAUGCGGCUAAAGUCGUCCCUCGUCGGAGUGAUCGUCAUUAUGGAGCAAAUCAUCCACGUCAUCGUAAUCGCCUGUGUUAGUCCUGUGCCCAGCAAGGAUUUCUAUUUCCAGUAUUUCUUGGCCGUGGGUAUUACCAUGCUGGUGGGUGCGAUUUUCUUUGCCGUCUCCUUGCCGGAAACAAAGAAGAUGACGCUCCGAGCGGCUGGCCACCGUUUCCAGAGGUAUUACGAUGUAAGGAUCUAUUAGACGUUGGUAUCCUGGACUGGAAGACUCAUUAUACUAGUUCAAAUUUUUGGUUGCUUAUUUGCUAGUGUAGGUUAAU